AUGCCGCCCCCCCGGCCAGCGCUGACGCACUUUCUGUGCCUGCCGCUCGUCACGCCGGCGUCUCGCGGCCAGCUCUCCCGGAGCCUGGAUGACUUCCGCGCCGACGUGACCGGCGCCGCGAGCUUCGGCCUGCCCGAGGACGCGGUCCGGCCCCUGGGCACGCUGCACCUGACGCUGGGCGUCAUGAGCCUGGCGCAGAAGGACGACCUGCAGAGGGCGGUGGACGUGCUCAGGACCCUGAAGCCGAGGGAGAUCCGCUCGGGUGUCAAGCCGCCGAGUAUGCCCGGCGCCGCGCGGGAGGCACCGCUGGAACAACAACAAGCACAGCAGCGGGAGCAGGGGCGGGAGCGGGAGCAGGAGCAGUCCCUGGCCCCGGCGCCGUUGGUCAUCACACUGCGCGGACUACACACGAUGCAGACCCCUGCCAAGGCCUCGGUGCUCUACGCCCCGCCCGCGGACCCGGACGGCACGCUGCAGGCCUUUUGCGAGCGGCUGCGGGCGCCGUUCCGGGAGGCCGGGCUCAUGCCGGAGGAGGGCCGGCCGCUGCUGCUGCACGCGACCGUGGUCAACACCAUCUACGUCAGGGGUGGCGGCCGUGGCGGCCCAGGCAGGCGGAAAGGGGCAAAGGGCGGCGGCAACAGGCUGACUGUCGAUGCCCGGGGGAUCCUGGACAGGUACGACGACUACGUGUGGGCUGAGGGCCUGCGGCUGGAGAAGGUGGCGAUAUGCCAGAUGGGCGCCAAGAAGAGCGCGGACGGGGAAGACGCGGCUUAUGUGGUUGAGGCCGAGGUGGACAUCUGA